AUGUAUCUGCCGUAUUAUUUGGUAUUGUUUGUGUUGCCGUUGUACGUCGCGCAAAUAACGGUAUCAAAUGAUCAGCGAAUACAAGAAGGAAUAGAAAAUGAGGGCAAAAUAAAGAUUAUGGCUAAUAACAGUGAAGCAAACAAAAAACAGUACCGAUGUAAGCAAUCUGAAGAGGCACAAAUUGACGCACGGAAACGAACGGCCAUUCAAAUGUCACGUGUGCAUUGCAGCAUUCAAAGAUUCCAGCAGUCUGAAGAGACACAAAUUGAUGCACGGAAACGAACGGCCAUUCAAAUGUUACAUGUGCAAUAA